AUAUCUUCAGCAGCUCGUUACGGCGCAGGGCGCGCGCAACCGCGAGCUCGAGCAGGAGCUCAAGUCGUAUCGCGGCGCUAACGCCAACUCCAGCUCAAACUCAAACUCCGCCUCCAACGUCAACGCCAACGCCAACGGCAGCCCAUCAGAUUCCUCCUCUGAACAAAACCAAAACUCGAGUAACGCGGGCGGAAAACUGUCGAUGCGUAAACAUCGGCUGGCGAGUCAUGCGGAGGAGGAAGAUGAGGAUGAGGAGAUGAUGCUGCAUGAUGAGUAUCAGGGUAACUCGGAGUCUGCUUCUGGCUCCAGUGCUUCCAACGCCAACAACUCCAACUCCAACUCCAACUCCAAUGCUAAUACCAAUUCCAAAUCUACCUCCAACGGCACCGGCAACGGGAAAGGAAACACCAAGAAAUCGUUCCGUUCCGGUGCUAGACUGCCUAGUAUGCCCGAAGGAGGAGAAGGUGAAGGUGAAGGCGACGACGCUGAUGAAGAUGGAGAUGGCGAAGAUGGGUUCAUGGAUAUGGGGAUGGGGAUGG